GAGAAGCUCACUGUGCUCUGUGGAGAAAGGCCUCAAAGUUAUACUUUUAUUGAAUGAGCUACAUAAAGAAAUGAGGGAAAAGGCGGAAUUCCCCUCACAGACAGAAUGAAAGCAGAGCAAGAAGAGGAACUUUCUCCUUUAAUGGAAAACGAGCGACGACACAAACUACUGUAUGCUGCUUUUAACCCUGAAGUCCGACUGAACAGAUUAGAUGUCCAGCAGCUGUUGGUAAAAGAAGAGGUCCCCCCUGAGUGGAGCCCCAGCCUGGACCAGAAGGACCCAGAGCUCCUCCAGAUUAAGGGGGAACAGGAAGAACUCCAGAUCAGUCCAGAGGGAGAGCAGCAUAAUGGUCUGGAGGAGGCCGACAUCACCAGGUUUCCAUUCACUGUGGUUCAUGUGAAGUGUGAAGAUGAAGAAGAGAAAUGUGAGAGCUCACUGCUUCAUCACAGCCAACCGGAGGACAACAGAGAGGCAGAGCGUCCAGCCAGCAGCUCAACUGUGCAGAUAAAACCAGAAACUGAUGGAGAGGACUGUGGAGGAUCAGAACCAGCCAGGAAGAGAGAGCCAGACAGUCAUUCACAACCAAACACUGAUGAUGAAAAGACUUCAGUCUCUCCUGAGACUGAAAUCCAUCACAGUGACUGGCAAGACCCUUUGUCAGAUUCUGAACCUGAACCUGAAGACAGUGAUGAUGAUUGGAUGGAGACCAGGUCACCUGAGUCUGCUGUGAAUGCUCUGAAAUAUGAGGAAGCUCCUGUAAGUGAUGUGACAUCUAAUACUGAGAGAAAGUCCUUUAGCCUCACUAGCAGCUUGGAUAGUAAAACAUGUUUUAGAGUAAAGCAAAAGUCAAACACCCAGACCAGAGUUCCCUCAGGAGAGAAACGAUUUGGUUGUGAUGAAUGUGGGAGAAGAUUUACAGAAAAGGGAAAUCUGAAGAGACAUAUGAGAACGCACACAGGAGAGAAACCAUUUGGUUGUGAUGAAUGUGGGAAAACAUUUACAAAUCAGGGAAAUAAGACGAAACACAUGAGAAUUCACACAGGAGAGAAACCAUUUUGUUGUGAUGAUUGUGGGAAAAGAUUUGCAGAACCGGGAAGUGUAAAGAAACACAAGAGAAUUCACACAGGAGAGAAACCUUUUUGUUGUGAUGUUUGUUGGAAAAGAUUUACAGAACAGGGGAGUCUAAAGAAUCACAUGAGAAUCCACACAGGAGAGAAACCAUUUGGUUGUGAUGAUUGUGGGAGAAGAUUCACAGAACGGGGACAGCUGAACAGACACAUGCGAAUUCACAGAGGAGAGAAAAGAUUUUGUUGUGAUGAUUGUGGAAAAAGAUUUACAGUAAAAGAAACUCUGACGAGACACAUGAGAGUUCACACAGGAGAGAAACCAUUUACUUGUGAUGAUUGUGGGAGAAGAUAUAAAUGGAGAGCAAAUUUAAAUAAACACCUGAAAGACCACAAAGAAUAGAAACAUUUCUAUUCAGUUUUAUGUGGAAGCAAAUGGUGUAAAUUAUUUGUAAGGGCCUGAGAAGCUUUCAUUCUUUUUUUUAUCGUU